GUACAAGGUAUGAACGUAAUUUCGUGUGUAUGUAUUGAUUGUAGCGGUUGAGUUCAUUCAGCAGAAGUAGAAAUGUGCGCAUGUCAAACGCCGGAAAUUUUAACAGAAUAGGUCAGUUCGGCAGUAGAGCUGAAUGAAGAACGUCUUCGCACUCCUGCGGGCCUGCUACAAAAUUACUUUAAUUUCCUCGAGACAAGAAAUUUUCGCAAUAUCACGAUUACUGAACGUUUCACUGGAUCUACCGUGAGAAGAAAUCAAGUCGAUUCUGCAUAUUUUCCGACGUAUCCACGGUGGAAAAUCAGUGAUGUAUCGAUCGGGUCUGUUCAUAUGGUGUGCCCUUCUACUUACCGCCGCUUGCGCAAUGGAAAAUCCGGGGUGGUCCUUGCGCGAGUGGAAGGAUACCGCGCAACACGAUUCACGUGUCAACUUCGUUAGUACGUUAAACCACGACAAAAAUGCCAAGAGGAGUGAUGAGAUCUCGCACGAAUAUCGUAGCGACUACAUUAAAGACAUCCAAGAGGAAGGAAAUUUGAAUAUGUUGGCCGAGAUCCGUGCCAAUUUCAUGAAGAUCGACGACAGGGACAACCAUAUCAUCCUAGAUGGGCUCUAUCCAGAGUACUACAAAAACUUCUUGAAUAAAAGGAAUAAUACUGUAAACAUCUGUUGCAGCAUUGGUUAUCGCAUGACAUUGGACUACACAUGCGUGCCUGACAAUAAUCGUGAUUAUAUUUUCCCGAUAGUAUAUGGGACGAAUAACACAGUGAAUGAGCUUUUCCAGUUGACCGUGUGGGAUCCGUGUAAAAUCUUUACGAAAAACAUACGCUUACUGUAUGAUCGUGACAUUGAUGAAUACUAUAUGUACGAAGUUCUGACCAACGGCUCAGUAUUAUUAUUAUAUCAUAAUAUUCUCGUUAGUCCGUCGUUUUACUGUUUCACCGUCAUAAGUAAAAACAAGUACGAACUGGUCGUGUGCGCCUUUACGAAUUACGAAAAUCAGAUUAAGUCAUCGAACGAAAAUACGAAGUAUAAUAGAGGCAUACUCAUCUGUUUGACGGUGUCUUUGCUGUCCUUGCUUUUGACGUUCGUUUGAGCUACAGAACUUGCAGGACUAUAUGUUUCGCGGAUACAUCGGCUCCUUGUUCGUCCAAUACAUAUUAUUCGCGAUCAGUCUGGUUCUCAAAGGAAUUCCGAAGAAGAGCUGCCUCGUCUUCGGUACAAUAUGCCUCAGCUCUUAACCGAUCAUGAUUGAUCGGUUGGAUUGGAUUGGCGUAGUAUAAUGUACCAAAGUGGGAGAACAUUAUUAGGCAUAACGUAACAUAGCUAAAGAGGCCAAUCUAAUGCGGAAAUGUUGGGCCGUUGAUAAAACUUAAAUUCAAAGGUUAAUUAUAAGACCACGAUAACAUCAAAUACGUCAUGUGUUUUCCAACGCGUCUAUUACAUGAAUAACAUAAAAACAAAAGCGAUCCCCCUUUUCGCCAUCACGUAAGGUACAUAGUUUAAGUGGUCAACCGGAUUCAAGCUCUUCAAUAAAAUUUAGAUCUAAAGAUUAUUUGUGAAAACUUGAUAAUGUCAAGUAUUUUCCAAACCAUAUGUUUCACAAACUGCAUUAGGAAAUUUCCCAAUCUCUCACAUCUCUCUUCUAUAAAAAUUGUCAUCUGCCAUCCCCAAAAUUCUUUCUAUAAAAACCCUAUUCUCUUGCCGCCGACGCACUCUAUUUUCUGACUAACUCUCUGUGGGAGCCGGAAUCAGUCUCGUAGUAAACAGUCUCUCUAAAUACCCCACAGUAUUUUUUUAGUAGAUUUGCUAAAUGAAAAAAUCUUUCGGCUCGACAUUUCGGCAUAGCUACGAUUCUAUCGUCGCGAGUGCAUCUACCAUCCAGCCAAUUUAUCCACAAAUUGAGUCACGAGACGACAGCUCAAGUUAGCUCUGGCUCCUAAAGAUACCAGAAAUCCGGUACACCAUAAUCAACAAACCCAUAUUCUGCGUACUAUUCACCACAGUCGAUCCACCUAAAUUGUAAGUCUCUAUUUCGUAUUUAAACAUGGCUUUUAACCCUUUGCACUCAAAGGGUUAAAAAUAUAUAAAAUUGCAUUCUACCUAAACAGCAACGACUUCGCCAAAAAUAAGUGGGUUCAAAACGAACAAAGAUCUAGCCAGAUGUGCAUGCGUACACUUACGGAACAAACUGAACACACGACAGCGACCUGCAUAAGACUUUUUAUACUGAUCGUGAAAAUACAGGUUACAGAUGUUUUUAACUAGAUUUUAUAUUGCCGUGUAAACGUAAUCCAGUUGUCGGUAGAUGAUUACGAAAUAGCACCCCUGAAAGCAGCCAUCCCGGCGUUUUGUGAAGUACGGUUUUUCCAUGUGUCUUUUGAGAAAGUAUAUGUAAACUAUAUUUAGGUUAGACAAAGAGCGACGUUACCCACGUGCGAACAUUGUUCCUUCGGUCUGUUCUUUUUAGCUGUACUGCUUAACUUAUUGUAUCAGUUAAGCAAUAUAGCUAAAAAGAACAAACCACUUGUCUUAGCUAACAUUUGCAUAUACUUUCUCAGAGAGCGCGUCGUAAACUGUCCCCAAAGUUAAACCGAAUCAAUUUGCAUUAUGAGUGUGAUAGGUAAGUACUAAUUGUGAAAUAGCCCAGUAAACAAAAUAUUAGUAGCACGUGUGCAAAUUAGAUCAGAACCAUAAAACUAUAGUUUUCUAUGUCCACAUUAAGUUCGUGUUCUAUCGAUAGAGCCUGCUGACAGGCAGUGCGAGCAGAUUGAUAACAGAAAACACACAGAAUUUAUCGAACGCAGAUUCUGUCCGAUUUCUGCUGCAAAUUUGCGUGCAAACUUGUGCUAUUUUGUGUGGUUUUUGCCACCAAUCUGCGUACAUUGUUUGUUAAUCAGAUACUGUCACAUUUUUG